AUGAUUUUGAAUUAUUUUAUAUUAGUAAUAUGUGCACUGCUUUUUGCGUCUGCAAAUGCUGGUCCAAGGGUAAGAGUGGAACAAGGGCAACUCGAAGGAAAAUCGAAAACUACAGCCACCGGGAAAAAAUAUAAUUGUUUUCUUGGUAUCCCAUAUGCAAAACCACCAGUUGGAAAUUUACGAUUUAAGAAUCCUGAGCCAUUAGAUUUUUGCUGGAAUGGAGUCCGCGAUGCAAGAAAGUUUGGAAAUAAUUGUCCUACGAUGGAUGCUUCUCUCAAUUUUUACGUUUCAGGAAGUGAAGAUUGUCUGUACCUGAACGUGUACACACCCAAGAUUACAAAAAGUCAAUCGAACAAGUUGCCGGUCGUUUUCGUCGUGCACGGCGGAGGAUUCUACUCCGGUUCCGGAAACGAUAAGGACACAAUGAGGCCCGAUUGGUUGGUCGAAAAGGAUAUUGUUGUAGUGACAUUCAAUUACCGGCUAGGUCCUUUCGGAUUCCUGUGUCUCGACAUACCCGAUGCACCGGGAAAUGCUGGAUUAAAAGAUCAGGUUGCCGCUCUCCGGUGGGUUAAACAAAACAUCGCAAAAUUCGGCGGUGAUCCCGAUAACAUCACACUGAUCGGCAUGUCAGCUGGCGCCGCGAGCGUUAAUUAUUUACAAAUAACCGACACCACCAAGGGACUGUUCCAGAGGAGCUAUCAAAUAAGUGGCAGUGCACUGGCACCUUGGGCAUAUGUCGAGGACCCUAAAAAGAAUGCAUUCAAAUUAUGCUCGAUCCUCGGUCAAAAUACUCAAUCAUCCGAUAGAGCAUUGGAAUACCUCCUAAUGGCCUCUGCCCAAGACCUCCUCUUGGCACUAGGAAGACCGCCGUAUUCUUCCGUCGCGGAUUUCAAUAUGCAAAUGCGUGACAUCGUAUUCUUACCUGUGUCCGAGAAGAAUUUCACAGGUCAAGAGGCAUUCUUGACAGAAUCACCUCAGGAGAGACUCGAGAGUGGAAGAUUCCAAAAUCUACCACUCUUGAUCUCCAUUACGGAUGGAGAAGGAUUAGUUGGUUUGCUGGAUGCUGUGGCCCAACCUCGAGUUUAUGGACUGAUUGACAUCAAUUUUGAAAGAUAUGUUCCAAAGGAUUAUAAUUUGCCUACAAGUUCUGAACUAUCUUUGCAAGCCGCACAAGAGAUAAAAGACUAUUAUUAUGCUAAUACUACGGAUUCUCAAAAGAACUUCCAAAAAUAUGUAGAUAUUAAAGGUGACACUUGGAUAAAGAAAGGUGUUCAAGACCAAGUUAAAUUAAUGGCAAAGAAUAAUGCUGACGCCAUAUAUUACCAUUUGUUCACAUUGGAUGAGUUCAGCGAUUUUAAAAUUAAAAACAAUUUCACGUUUUUGGAUCAGUCAGCGCAUGCUAACAAUAAUGAGUAUAUAUUCUAUCAACCUAAUUUCCCAAAAUCAAAUCCGAUUGCUGAAAAAACUCGUCAGAGAAUGUUGAAAAUUUUGCAGAACUUCAUUGAAACAGGAAAUCCUACAUCCGAAAUGUCAGAUUUGCUACCAGUGGAUUGGCCACCUGUAACAAAAACUACUCUAAACUAUUUACAUAUCGAUAAAGAAUUAUCCUUGGAAGUUGAUCCUGGAGAAGUCUGCAUGAAAUUCUGGGACGAUUUGAAAAUGAAAUAUAAAAAUUUAGUUAGGCCUGUUAUUUAUGGUUGA